AUGGAGGGUGAAAUUGGGUCGGAUUUGGUCAUUACGAUGAUAAUCGCAAAGGUGACUGCUCGCUUCGCUCGAACACGGACAGUACCGCUAGCUGACACGCGUAACGUCGACCAACUUAUCUGCCCGGGUAUCCAGGUCCCAAAGACUUCAAAGCACCUGCUGCUUGAGUUCCCACCUCUGCCGCCUUUACAACCUUGGCUUUCAAUCCUUCCUUUACCUGUCGUUGAAAGUUGUCCUGAGUGCAGAGACAUGGAAUCCUCGACGUCACAAGACGUACAUGGCGGUACUGCUAUUGUGCAGCAAUACCUUCAGGAUGUGGAUCCAUUGGGGACCGGCAUGGAAGGGCAAAGCCAUUUGACUCUGCUCAGUUCCCAGUGCAUUUUGCUGUUUCAGAUUAUACUGAAGGCUCUACGUGCGAAGAGAAGUUCUGCGUCGGCGGAGCGUCAGUUCUUGGAUAUCAGCCUUGAAAGAAGCUAUGAGCGUUUGAAGAUAUGGUCAGACGAGAAUGGCAUGGCCGACGGAAACUUAGAUGCAAAGCUCGAGGAAUCGCGUGAUCUGCAACGCGACACACUCAAAUACGUUGUGAGCAUCGGUCAAGCGCUGACAGACAGACUCGUCAAUAUUCUCGACGCCGAUCUCGGUGAUGCUGGCUACAAAUCCAUCUCCGUGCUCAGAUCCCUUACUGCAGCCGUUAUGGAAGGCGACAGUGACUCUUCAUCAGACUCGGGGUUUUCAGAUGCUAGUGUAGUCUCGAUCAACGGAGUCUUGGAGGAUUUAAGAGUUGACACAACUUGUCUUUUGGAUCUGGAACCGCUCUUUUUCAGUCCAAUAUCUCGGACGAAAACUGAACCGAUAGUCGUUUUAGAUACCACGCGGAUAAAAUGGAGCCCGCACCAACCCUACAGCGACAAAGUCAGCGCACGGUUCCCGAUGGCUGCAGAUGAACUGGUUGCGAGGCUGGGCAAAGCAAACUAUGAGCGGUAUCUGAGAUGCCAGGAGCAGAAAUACACAAACGAGCUCGGUGUUAUGCCAUCUGGCCAGACAGCAUCAAGUGUACCAGACGGCGCGAGCUCAAAAUUCCACGACUCUGGCAUUGGCUCGUCUCUACCCACCACAGGGUCUGCCUAUGCAGAAACCGUCAUGUCCUAUGGUGCGGAUGAAGGAAGAAGAGUGCGAGUACCGCCACUGCCAGAUGAGGCCAAGAAAGGUCUGCCAUUCGCAUGUGUGGUCUGUGGUAAAUGUGUCACGAUUACCACGAAUAGCGCCUGGAAGCAGCACGUCUACGGAGACCUUGAGCCAUGGACAUGUCUCGAGGCCGGUUGUACAUCUGCUACCAAAACAUUCCCGACUCGGAAUGAUUGGAUAUCCCACCUUUUUCUUAAUCACGGAAUGGGCCCAGGGUGGCACAUGAUCCAGUGUCCCCUUUGUCGAGACGACGUGGGCCCGGGGAAGGUUCCGAUAACAAGACAUCUCAGUGAUCAUUUGGAGGAAAUAUCUCUGUCAGCGUUGCCAGUUGACUGCGAGUUUGAUGAUGACCAUGAGGACUGCGAGUUUGAUGAUGACCAUGAGGACUGCGAGUUUGAUGAUGACCAUGAGGACAGCGAGCACGAUGGGGAAGGCAAAAACAUUGAGACAGUCGAGCGGGCCUCCGACCUCCAGAAUAUCUUCAGAAAACGGAUUACCCCACUCGAAGAAGCACAUCAUGAGCCGCCUGAACAAGCUUCUAGUGAGCGAGAGAUUGAGCUAAUGAAACGAUUACGGAAGCUGGAGGGAAUCGUCGAACAGUUAAGCGGCCAGAUCGAGGUGCAAGCUGCAAGCAACCACUCGAGCAGCGACAAUGCUCCCGGCGCAAUUGCGGAGAACAAGGGAAAAGUGUCGAAUGGGCCACCAGGGGCGGCAGAUGAGCCGGUGAUGCCGAACUUGGUUGGAGAUCAACAAGAGCUAAAACCAGGUCAAACUGAUAGAGAAACCGUAGCCGACUGUGUUACGGCUCCAUCAUCCUACUGGAGCGUGGCUGAGAUGAACAAGUUUCCCGAAUUGUUGCAAAGCUUUGGCACGGAUUGGAAGGCCAUUGCGGAGCACCUGGGUACUAAGACGCCUAAAAUGGUCAAGUACUUCUACAACAAUCAGAUUAGCCGCGAGAGACCGGAGUGGGGUGACAUAGCAACCGAGGCUGACCAGAAAGUACAAAGAGGAAAGAAACUGCCUGUCCCUCCAGAACCAGCUGGUGGCCGAAGCGUCCAGAAGCCUCCACAACAGCCGUAUUAUAUCUCGUCUAGACUGUCGUCACUUCCUAUGGACAAUAAGAAUCAGCUGGAAGCUUAUAGCGGCCAAGCUUUCCAACACCCUCCUCCGACACAAUCAUCUAUGCUAAGGAGACUGAAUGCGCAGUCUCUAAGUGAUCCAAAUUCAGGUACCAUGGAGGUUCCUUCCAGUCAGGACACCCAGCAUGUGCACGCCACCGUGCCCUCAGUUGCAACCGCCUUCACAGCUUCACAUAUUGCACCCAGCCAGCAAUAUUCGUCUGCACAUGUAGAGACAUUGGUUCCUCCUGCUAUGUGGCAGGCCUCUGUGGCCGGUAUCUACGCCGGCGUGCCAAAUACCGACCGCGAAGUCGACGCUGCGCUAGAAAGCAACCGUCUCCCAACCAAGACGCAAACAAAAAUAAAAGAGGACGAUAGUGAAGGAGAGCUGAUGGACGACAAUAGAAAGCUCCCUGAUGAGCACAAUCAGACUGCUCUGGGUACUGGGAUCUCGACUUCGUCCAACAACGGAGUGCAGAAGUCGCCAGGUCUGACACAUUCCCGUGGCGGUGUCUCCAUGUCCAAGGCCAACGCUAGCAGCCGCGCCCGGAGGCAUCGGAGGGAAUACCCAUCAUCAUGGGGCUUUGAAAAGGGUCAGAUGUCGACGAAGAAGCGGGUCCUGUCCGUUGUUGAUGAAGGGCCACGCCGGCUAGCCAAGGACGGCAUGAUGCUGUCCACGGAGCGUGAGCUAGACGACGGGCGGUCAUACGUCACGGAUCUGGACGCCCAACCUAUAAAGCGGGGCGAAGGCUUCCUCAACGCCGCUGAGGAGGAUACGGGCAUCUGGGUGUCGGAUGAACAGACGGAGGAGGAUUUGAAAGCCGUGCUCGAGGCUCAGUCGCAGUGA